AUGAUACCCAAGGACAUCUUGAAAGACAUGCUAAACGUCUCCAAGUUCACCUGCUCCAAGGACCAUGUCACCAUCGAUGUGUCACCGCCGCAAGGUCAAUGCUGCAAUGUCUCGACGGUGAGGGAAUUCCACCUGCUGGGUUUCUCGGAGAUCUGGGAGCUGCAGCUGGUCCAUGCUGUGCUGUUCCUCCUGGUCUACCUGGCGGUCCUGACAGGGAAUCUUCUAAUUGCCGCCAUCACUGCCUUCGACCGGCACCUCCACACCCCCAUGUACUAUUUCCUCAGGCAGCUGUCCGUCCUCGACCUCUGCUACAUCUCCGUCACCGUCCCCAAAUAUGUCGUCAUCUCCCUGACCGAUUAUAGAUCCAUUUCCCUCCUGGGCUGUGUGGCCCAGGUCUUUUUGGUGGUUCUGUUUGCUGCUUCAGAACUGUUCAUCCUUACGGCAAUGUCCUACGACCGCUAUGCCGCCAUCUGCCGCCCCCUGAGCUAUGAGCUCAUCAUGAACAACACGGCCUGUUUAAAGAUGGUGGCCGCCUCCUGGCUCAGCGGGGUGGUGUUUGGGGUCUCUUUUUCAGCUUCAACUUUCUCCCUGAGCUUUUGUGCGUCGAACAUCAUACAGCAUUUCUUCUGUGACGUCCCCUCUCUUCUGAAGAUCUCCAGCUCCGAAGCCCAUGUUGCCAUCGAUGUGAGCGUCACCGGUGGGGUAGCUUUAGGUGUAGUCUGCUUCGUCUUCAUUAUCAUCUCCUACAUGCGCAUCUUCCAGGCAGUGAUUAGGAUGCCGGCCGCCAAGGGCCGGGCCAAGGCCUUCUCCACCUGUCUGCCCCAUCUCACCGUCUUCACCGUCUUUGUUUCGACUGGAUCCGUUUCCUACCUCAAGCCCGUGUCAGACUUCCCCUCGACCCAGGACCUGCUGGUGUCCGCGUUCUACACCGUGGUGCCCCCCACUCUGAACCCCCUCAUCUACAGCCUGAGGAACCAGGACAUGAAGGCCGCCCUGGGGAGAGUCCUAAAGGGGAGAUUCCUCCUCCCUCGUCUAAAGGACAAAAUGUCUGUUGAGCUGCAGCUGGUCCAUGAGGCAUUGUGUCUCCUGGUCUACCUGGAGUCCCUGUUGGGGAAUCUCCAUAUCGUCGUCGUCACUAUCUUCGACCGGCGCCCCCAUAUCCCUGUGUUGGAAGCAGAUUUGCAGGAGCAGAAACCAGGCUUCAGCCUGCAUGAGACAGUGGAAGGUGCCAAAGCACAAGCCACUAGUAUUGGAAUCAGUUCCUCUGCUCAGGCUCUCAGUCGCCUGAUCUUUAACGACCCAGAAGAUGUGCACGCGCGAGACGACAAUGGAAAUGGAGCCUACGGCACUUAUGGAAGCACAAACAGCCGAAGUGACUGUAGCAUCGUGCCGAUGCUCGGUUGUGGCAUCCAAGCCUUGCAGGCUGUUCCCAUGAUAAAGGAGUCACUGCUCCAAGAGGGAUCUCUGGAGGACCGACUUGGACCCCUGUGGAGGGACCUCGUGGGCCAGGCGAUGCAAGAACCCUCUGGAGAUAAGGACCUUGCACUCGCAACUGCAGCAACGAUCCUGGCCCGUGAUGUUCCAGUGGCAACAACAGCAGCUUCUUCUUCAUAA